CUCUCCCCGCCCCGCCACAGCCGGCGGAGGGACAGGGGUUGGGGGGGGGUGGGGGGCGUGAUCGGCGCCGUGGGCGUCCGCAGCGUCACUCGCGUCUCUUCCGGUCCGGCCUGGUGGUGCCUGACGCUGCCGGUGGCCGCGAGCGGUGGCUGGCGCUGCAGUGAGGCGAGGCGCGGGCCGCUGCGGGCCGCGGAGGCCCUUGUACGCUGCUGGGCCCCUGAGGUGUGCCGGGGGCGGCGAAGCCCUCCACGGGGUUUGACGCCUUCCCCCAGCCGUGUGUGCCUUCGGCUGUCGCCGGUGGCCGGUGGGAGCGGGGUGGGAGGGUCUCUGGCAGGGCCGCGGGGGAUCUGCAGCAGCACCCCGAGCCCCGGCUGUCCCUGGCUUCGGUGGCGUGGGCUUGUGAGGAAGCUGCACCCACAGACAUUCUCUUGCUAGGAAAAAAAUGUGCCUCAGAGACUGCUGACCUCAGACCUUGCAGAGACCUGCUUUACCAGAGCUGUGAUGGCCAGUCACCAAGCAGAAGUUCAGAGUUUGAAGCUAGAUAAUGAUUCAGUUAUAGAAGGAAUAAGUGACCAGGUACUGGUGGCAGUUGUGCUCAGUUUCACUUUCAUUGCUGCUCUGGUAUAUACACUUUUAAGAAAUGAACAUCAGAACAUACACCCAGAAAAUCAAGAGCUAGUGCGAGCUCUUCGUCAGCAGCUUCAAACUGAGCAGCAGGAUGCUUCUGCUGGUGAUAGACAUCGCUUCUACACAGAUAUGUCCUGUCCAGUGUGUUUGCAGCAGGCUACAUUUCCUAUAGAAACAAACUGUGGACAUCUCUUCUGUGGUUCCUGCAUUAUUGCCUACUGGAGGUAUGGCUCAUGGCUUGGUGCCAUCCGUUGUCCAAUCUGCAGACAAACGGUAACAUUGUUUUUACCACUCUUUGGUGAAGAUCAGCAGGAUGCAACCCAAGUAUUUCAAGAUGUUAAUGAUUACAAUCGGAGAUUCUCAGGACAGCCCAGAUCUAUUAUGGAAAGAAUUAUGGAUCUGCCCACUUUAUUGCGGCAUGCUUUCAGGGAGAUGUUUUCCGUUGGGGGCCUCUUCUGGAUGUUUCGUAUCAGAAUAUUCCUCUGCUUGCUUGGAGCCUUGCUCUACCUGGCUUCACCUCUGGAUUUUCUUCCUGAAGCCCUCUUUGGAAUUCUGGGGUUCUUGGAUGAUUUCUUUGUCAUUUUCCUUUUGCUGAUAUAUAUCUCUAUCAUGUACCGAGAAGUGGUAACACAGCGGCUGAAUAGAUGAAGUGGACAAAAAUGACCCAAAUGCAGAGGUGGUUGUGGAAUGUUUUAAAAAGAGAACUAUAACAUAAGUAUGAGGUAGGAAGGCGCCUGUGUACAGUUUCAGUAGUUACAAUUUCAUAGCUGGUCAUCUUACACAAAUAUGAAAGGUUAGUAUGUGGUGAUUUUAACUGGAAUCUUUAAUUUGUGUAUUACAUACGCUUCAUAAUGAUGAGGGUAGUUUUAUAAUAUAAUAAACUACCUUCAUC